AUGGCGGCGACGGCGGGCUCCUCCUCACCUGGUUCCCUCCUCCUCCUGCGGAAGGUCGGCGGCCAUGGCAGCUGGGUUCCUGCGGCAGCGGGAUUUGACGGUGGUCGCAGUCGGCGAGCGGCGGGGUUCGCCGUCUCCUGCACCGCCGUGAAGCCCUCCUCUCCCGUCUCGCCGCUGGCCGCGGCGGCGCAUUCGCCGUCGGAUCGCGUCUUCAAUUUUGCGGCCGGGCCGGCGACGCUCCCGGAGAAGGUCAUACGGAAGGCGCAGGAGGAGCUCGUGGACUACCGCGGGAGCGGGAUGAGCAUCAUGGAGAUGAGCCACCGGGGGAAGGAGUUCGACGGGGUGAUCAAGAAGGCGGAAUCGGAUCUCCGAGAGCUGCUCGGCAUCCCCUCCGAUUACUCCGUCCUCUUCCUCCAGGGCGGCGCCACCACUCAGUUCGCCGCCAUCCCCCUCAACCUCUGCUCCCCGGAGGACUCCGCCGACUUUAUCGUCACCGGCUCCUGGGGGGACAAGGCCUACAAGGAAGCUCAAAAGUACUGCAAGGCCAAUCUGAUCUGGUCUGGCAAGCCGGAGAAGUACACAAAGAUCCCCUCCUUCGACCAGAUCCAGCAGACCGCCGGCGCACGUUACCUCCACAUCUGCGCCAACGAGACCAUCCACGGUGUGGAAUUCAAGGACUACCCGAUCCCCGCAGGUGCCGGAGCCGGUGAGGUCUUGGUGGCGGACAUGUCCUCCAACUUCUGCUCCAAACCGGUGGAUGUCUCCAGAUUCGGCCUGAUCUACGCCGGCGCGCAGAAGAACGUGGGGCCUUCCGGCGUCACCAUCGUCAUCGCCCGCAGCGAUCUCCUCGGCAAGGCGCAGCCGAUCACGCCGGUGAUGCUGGAUCUGAAGAUCCACGCCGACUCCGCGUCGCUGUACAACACGCCGCCGUGCCUGGCCAUCUACGUCUGCGGGCUGGUGUUCGAGGACCUGCUGGAGCAGGGCGGGCUGAAGGAGGUGGAGAAGAAGAACGCCCACAAGGCCGGGAUCCUCUACGACGCCAUCGACGGCAGCGGGGGGUUCUACGUCUGCCCCGUGGAGGAGUCCGUGAGGUCGCUGAUGAACGUCCCCUUCACCCUGGAGAGGUCCGAUCUGGAGAAGAAGUUUAUCGAGGAGGCCGCCAAGGAGGGGAUGGUCCAGCUCAAGGGCCACCGCUCCGUCGGCGGCGUUCGCGCCUCCAUCUACAACGCUAUGCCCCUCGCCGGCGUCGAGAAGCUCGUCGCCUUCAUGAAGGACUUCCAAGCCAGGCAUCCUUGA